AAAACCUCUCCAAAAGAAAAAAAGAAAUCUCCUCUUUGGCCAGGAAGCUCAGGUCCCACCCUAGGGAUUUCUGGGUGGAAAGUUGAGGAGUCCACAAUGGAUGGGAUGACCUUCCACAUCUUUGAGUUCUUUCUGACAGGACAAAAUCCUGCAGCAGAGACGGCAGUCCCUACUCUCCAAACUGCUCUUAUCUUACUUGACUGUCCCUAUCCCAGCCUGCCUGUUGUGGAUACAAGGAAGGACCCUUGUUCCAAAUGCCUCGUCCAGCUGGUUUGGCUUCUUGCCAGAAGUAAUACCUCCCCCCACACGCUGACUCCUCCCCAUGCCUUUGGUCUCAUCAAAUUGUCACCUGGUUUCCACCUUCCCUUCCCUAAUCCCAUUUUGGCAUUACUGGAGAUGUAAGAAAGCAGCUUGGUCCAGUGUCAGCUAGUCAGUCCAAGGUCAAGGCCAGGCAGGCUUUGUCUGUGGUUGUGCCUCAGUGUAGGCUAAAGUCAGGGCUCAGACUGACCUGGGUGAAAACCAGGUAAGAGUUCAACCUGGAGGCAGAGCUCAGUGCUUGGCCUGUACAUAGCCUAGGUGCUCAGCCUGGGGUCAGGGUUAGUGGCUCCAUUCCAGUCCCAGCUGGGUCUGCAUUUCCCAAGAGCUCACAGGGGAGAUGGGAUGACCACCCUGAGAGUCUCAGAAACCCAGCUGUGACCCAGGAUUAGUAUGGGUCACUAUCCAUGGUGCUACAGGUCACCCAGAAAGCCAGUGGUGGAGCUGGGACUAGCCCUAAGACCUCUGAGUCUGGAACUGUAGUCACUGUCCCCCAAGUCUGUUCUGAAUCUGGGAUCCUUGAGUUCUAAGAGGCAAAGCAAAUGCAUAUGAACUCUAGCUGGGCCCAGCAGGCGGACCUGACUGUCUUCUCCUACCCCCCGACCCCGUGCCAGGCACAUAGCAGGUGCUUUAGGAAUGUCUCCUGAGUGUCAGGUGCAGGAGGAGGAGUCAGUGGCCUGUUUAGAUUUGGGACUGGCGAGGUGACUUGGAGGAAGGAUCUCCAGCCCUUGUGAGAGGAAGCAGUGCUCUUGAGGCUUGCCUCCCUCCCCCUUCCUCCAGCGCCUGCAGUCACACUCAGGCCUCCCAGCUGGCCAAGUGAGGGCCCUUUCCUCUUUCAGGGUAAAAGGAAAGGACAUUUUUGGUAGAAAAGUCCCUCCUGCUCCCUGGGAAUCCCCGGUGGCCGGAAGAACUAUGGGAUAUCUCAGAGGAAACUGAAGGCGGGGGGCCCUCCUGCCCCCAGCACAAUGCACUAGACUUUCCCAUGUGGCACCAGCUGGCCUGUGGGUCUCCCAGACGUAGUCCCUUCCAGGCUCCUGCCUCCUGGUAGGCCUCGCAGGAGCCUCUGUGACCUGAUGGUCAACAGCAAGGCUGAGCACCUGUUGGGAGCCCAGGCCUCUGUGAGACAGAAGAAAGCAGAGAGGAAACAGAACAAGAUGGGAGUGCGGUGGGGGCUUGGCAGGGGGAGGAUGGCUAAGUAGCCUGGGAAGGUGUGGACCUAGGAGAUGGGGACUGAGAGUCUAGGCAAAGGGAGCACAGGCUCACCCAAGGCUGGGAGAUGAGAGGGAAAGGGUAUGCUGGAAGUCAAGGCCCCCACCACCUACUGCCCCAUUCUGUCCCUGGCAGGGCAUCUCCAGGUCUGUGCCUCUAGACGCCCACCCCUGCCUUGCCUGGCCAUGGCACUGUGCCUGAAGCAGGUAUUCUCCAAGGACAAAACGUUCCGUCCCAGGAAGCGCUUCGAGCCAGGCACACAGCGCUUCGAGCUCUACAAGAAGGCGCAGGCAUCGCUCAAGUCAGGGCUGGACCUGCGCAGUGUGGUAAGGCUGCCCCCUGGGGAGAACAUCGACGACUGGAUCGCAGUGCAUGUGGUGGACUUCUUCAACCGCAUCAACCUCAUCUACGGCACCAUGGCCGAGCACUGCAACGAGACCAGCUGCCCGGUCAUGGCCGGCGGGCCGCGCUAUGAGUACCGCUGGCAGGACGAGCGCCAGUACCGGCGGCCGGCCAAGCUCUCGGCGCCGCGCUACAUGGCGUUGCUCAUGGACUGGAUCGAGGGCCUCAUCAACGACGAGGACGUGUUUCCCACUCGUGUUGGAGUUCCUUUCCCCAAGAACUUCCAGCAGGUCUGCACCAAGAUCCUGACCCGCCUCUUCCGCGUCUUUGUCCACGUCUAUAUCCACCACUUCGACAGCAUCCUCAACAUGGGCGCAGAGGCGCACGUCAACACCUGCUACAAACACUUCUACUACUUCAUCCGCGAGUUCAGCCUGGUGGACCAGCGGGAGCUGGAGCCACUGAGGGAGAUGACAGAGAGGAUCUGUAACUGAGCCCAGGCCUGGACACUAUCGCCCAUCAGAUGGACCAUUUGAACUCAUGGUGGCUAGAGGAGGGGACUCUCAGGAGUUGUGCAGGGGAAUUGGAAGGCCUGGGGCCCCUCCACUUGCCCAAAACCUCUGGACCUCUAGUUCUCAGGAGUCUGCCCACGUGUCCCCUUACUGCUGGUGAAUGAAGACAAGAAAGGCUUUGAAGUGGCAAACAGAAGGAAAAGAGGAGUUAAACCUCUGGAUAAAGUCUAAGGGUGGGGUCAGGUAGGCUAGAGGACUUCUACUGUGAUACUUGACCCCUCUGUAGUGGUUCCAAAGCCUCUCCAGGGUAUGAAGACAUGGCUGAGGUGAUGGCAAGGUGCAAGAGUGAGCAGCCUGUGUGUGAGUGAGCACAGGUGCCAGUGUGUGUGCGUGUGUGUGUGCUUGUGUGUAUGAUUUUGACUGUGGGUAUAUGUGUGAGUGCUGGCUAUGGUAGACCCUCCCUGGCACAUAGUAGUAGGCCCUCCAUAAGCAUUGGGUGGAUGGAUGGAUGGAUGGAUGGAUGGAUGGAUGGAUAAAUGGGUAGGUGUAUGGAUUAAGAGAUUAGGAUCAUCAGACCGUGACCACUGUAGGAGUCACUGUCCCCAUUCAGUGUCUCUAACCAUGUGUGUGAGAACACAAGAUGUGGUGUAGAUGUGGCAUGGCACUUGAACAUUCCAGGCUACCAUCCUCCAUCAGCAUAAGUCCCGGGGAGCUGGGGGGGGUAGUUUAACGGGGAGCCCCACCCCAAGUUUCUAAAGCCCUGUCCACUGCAGACACAGAUUCUGAUUUGCUCAGCCAGAGAUGCCCCAGAGCUGUUAUUUCCAUCAUCCCUCUGCCUCCAGGAGAGCCAGAUUCUAGACAGCCUCCUGGAGUUAGGGAUGAUCCCUCAUGUCCAUGAAGGUCCCCUGGCCCUUAAACUGGGAAUCAUGACUCCAGACUCACUCCCAGAAUCUGAAGACCUGGCUCCUAGAAUCUAAAGCCCACCACAAAAUGAUCCUCCAGUCCAAGGAGUUGGUGCAACUUGAAUUGGGAACUCUGAUUCCCAAUUCCCAAAUCCUGAUUCCCAGUACCGAGGAUCAUGCAGCUGAUAAACAGAUUCUUCCAGGCUUGGAGAGCCCCAAUCCUAACAGUACCUGCCUCCUUCCCACCAUCUCUGCGACAUUCCAGCCAACUGGAUCUCAGUGCACAGCCCUCCAUGUAGACUGGGAUGUUCAUUAAGCACUCCACUACUCAGUAUCUCCGUGUGCAGCCCCGUGUGGGGAAACUGAGGAAGAAAUGGCUUUUGCCUUCCUAAGGCCUCCACUGGGAGGCCAGGAUGGAGAGCAAAAAGGAACCCAAGAAUCAUCCAGUCUCACUGUCUCACUGUACAUAGGAGGAAAUGGAAGCCAAGAGAAGAGGGAGAAAGUGUCCAUGACCUCGCUGUGGAACUGGACUAGAAACCAGGGGCCCUAACUCCUUGUCCACAACAAGGCCCAGCAGUUGCUGCACAGAGAUGCACAUGGAGAAGGGGCUUGGCAGACCCUCUCCAGGACACAACUGUUCCUGCUUUGAGCAAGGACCUCCAGUCUGAUGCCAGACUGCCCCACCGCCCUUUGGGUUGACUGGGAUCUGCUGAGCCAAGCAUCCAAAAUCAUCCUCUCUUGAUGACCUAGAAGCAGCCUGCCCUCUGGGGCUGGCCAGCUGGGCCUGGGACUCCUGCUCUGCUGCCUCCAGAGACAUUCCCAAGGAAAAUACGCUGACCUGGCAGCUUUGCCAGAGGCUCCGGAGUGAGGGGAGUCAGUGCUUUCUCCAGGGUAAACUGUGGCUGGCAAGACCAAUUCUAGGUUGUGGCAAGGGCUGAUUACGGGGAGGGGAAGUGGGAAAAUCUAUUUUUGUGAAACAGAGGGAAGACUUUAUCAUUGUUAUUUUUGGUAAAUAAAGGAAUCAAACUACA